AUGUCGAAUGGGUAUUCCGCAGACAAGAGUUUCCGCUACCUCAUCUCGUGCUUCAGGGCCAGAGUGAAAAUGUACAUCCAGGUGGAGCCUGUACUGGACUACCUGAGCUUCCUGACUGCAGAGGACAAGGAGCAGAUUCAGAGGACGGCUGUCACGGCCGGGAACAUGCACGCAGUGGAACAGCUUCUGAGCACCUUGGAGAAGGGGGUCUGGCCCCCCGGCUGGGCUCGAGAAUUUGUGGAGGCCCUGCAGAGAGGGGGCAGCACUCUAGCCGCCCGCUACAUGAACCCGGAGCUCACUGACUUGCCCUCUCCGUCAUUUGAGAACGCACAUGAUGAAUGUCUCCAACUACUGAACCUCCUUCAGCCCACUCUGGUAGACUCGCUUCUGGUUAGAGAUGUCUUGGAUAAGUGCGUGGAGGAGGAACUGUUGACAGUUGAAGACAGAAAUCGGAUUUGUGCUGCAGAAAAUAAUGGAAAUGAAUCGGGUGUAAGAGAGCUACUAAAAAGGAUCGUGCAGAAGGAAAACUGGUUUUCUACAUUUCUAAAUGUUCUUCACCAAACAGGAAACAAUAAACUUGCCCAAGAGUUAACAGGCGUUGAUUACUCAGAAAAAAACGCAGGGAAUGAGAAUUUAUCACAGGAAGAUGGUGCUGAAAGUGAAGAGCCACAUCUUCCGGCAACAGAUCAGCCAUGUCCAGGGACAGAGAAUGGGGGCAUCGAGAACAAUUCAUUAGAAUCAUCUCUUGCAGAUUCUUCUAUAGUUUCAGAAUCAGACACAAGUUUGGCAGAAGGAAGUGUCAGCUGCUUAGAUGAAAGUCUUGGACAUAACAGCAACAUGGGCAGUGAUUCAGGCACCAUGGGAAGUGAUUCAGAUGAAGAGAAUGUGGCUGAAAGAGCAUCCCCGGAGCCAGAACUGCAGCUCAGGCCUUACCAAAUGGAAGUUGCCCAACCAGCCUUGGAAGGGAAAAAUAUCAUCAUAUGCCUUCCUACAGGGAGCGGGAAAACCAGAGUGGCCGUUUACAUUGCCAAGGAUCAUUUGGACAAGAAGAAAAAAGCAGCUGAGCCUAGAAAAGUUAUAGUUCUUGUCAAUAAGGUACCAUUAGUUGAACAGCUCUUCCGCAAAGAGUUCAAUCCAUUUUUGAAGAAAUGGUAUCGUGUUAUUAGAUUAAGUGGUGACACCCAACUGAAAAUAUCAUUUCCAGAAGUUGUCAAAUCCUAUGAUGUUAUUAUCAGUACAGCUCAAAUCCUUGAAAACUCCCUUUUAAACUCAGAAAAUGGAGAAGAUGCUGGUGUCCUGUUGUCAGACUUUUCCCUCAUUAUCAUUGAUGAAUGUCAUCACACCAACAAAGAAGCCGUCUAUAACAACAUCAUGAGGCGUUAUUUAAAACAGAAGUUGAAAAACAGUAGACUCCAGAAAGAAAAGAAACCAGUGAUUCCCCUACCUCAGAUACUGGGACUAACAGCUUCACCUGGUGUUGGAGGAGCCAAAAAGCAAGCCAAAGCUGAAGAACACAUUUUAAAAAUAUGUGCUAAUCUUGAUGCAUUUACAAUUAAAACCGUGAAAGAAAAUCUAGAUCAACUGAAAGACCAAAUAAAGGAGCCAUGCAAGAAGUUUGCAAUUGCAGACGACACCAGAGAAGAUCCAUUUAAGGAGAAACUUCUAGAAAUAAUGACAAAGAUUCAAACUUAUUGCCAAAUGAGUCCAAUGUCAGAUUUUGGAACUCAACCCUAUGAACAAUGGGCCAUUCAAAUGGAAAAAAAAGCUGCAAGAGAAGGAAAUCGCAAAGACCGUGUUUGUGCAGAACAUUUGAGGAAAUACAAUGAAGCCCUACAAAUUAAUGACACAAUCCGAAUGAUUGAUGCAUAUAAUCACCUUGAAACUUUCUAUAAUGAUGAGAAAGAGAAGAAGUUUGCAGUCCUAGAAGAUGAUAGUGAUGAGAGUGGUGAUGAUGAUUGUUCCAGUGAUAAAGAUGGGGAUGAUUUAAAGAAAUCUUUGAAACUGGAUAAGACAGAUAGAUUUCUCAUAACUUUAUUUUUUGAAAACAAGAAAAUAUUGAAGACACUGGCUGAAAACCCAGAACAUGAAAAUGAAAAGCUGGCCAAAUUAAGAAACACCAUAAUGGAACAAUAUACUAGGACUGAGGAAUCAGCACGAGGAAUAAUUUUCACAAAAACACGACAGAGUGCAUAUGCCCUUUCCCAAUGGAUUACUGAAAAUGAAAAAUUUGCAGAAGUAGGAGUCAAAGCCCAUCAUCUGAUUGGAGCUGGACACAGCAGUGAGUUUAAACCUAUGACACAGAAUGAACAAAAAGAAGUCAUUAGCAAAUUUCGUACUGGAAAAAUAAAUCUGCUUAUCGCUACCACAGUGGCAGAAGAAGGUCUGGAUAUCAAAGAAUGUAAUGUAGUUAUCCGUUAUGGUCUCGUCACUAAUGAAAUAGCCAUGGUCCAGGCCCGUGGUCGAGCCAGAGCUGAUGAGAGCACCUAUGUCAUAGUUGCCCACAGCGGUGCGGGAGUUAUUGAACGUGAGACAGUUAAUGAUUUCCGAGAGAAGAUGAUGUAUAAAGCAAUACACCAUGUUCAAAAUAUGAAACAAGAGGAGUAUGCUCAUAAGAUUUUGGAAUUACAGUUACAAAGUAUAAUGGAAAAGAAAAUGAAGAUCAAGAGAAGUAUCGCAAAAUAUUACAAGGACAACCCAUCACUAAUAACUUUCCUUUGCAAAAACUGCAGUGUGCUAGCCUGUUCUGGGGAAGAUAUCCAUGUGAUUGAGAAGAUGCAUCAUGUCAACAUGACACCAGCAUUCAAGGAACUCUACAUUGUGAGAGAAAACAAAGCACUGCAAAAGAAGUUUGCUGACUAUCAAACAAAUGGCGAGAUUAUCUGCAAGUGUGGCCAGCCUUGGGGAACGAUGAUGGUGCACAAAGGCUUAGAUUUGCCUUGUCUCAAAAUAAGGAAUUUUGUAGUAGUUUUCAAAAAUAAUUCACCAAAGAAACAAUACAAAAAGUGGGUGGAAUUACCUAUCACAUUUCCUGAUCUUGACUAUUCAGAAUAUUGUUUGUUUAGUGAUGAGGAUUAGCAUUUGAUUCAAGAUUUUUAAAAAAUAUUAACAUUUAAUAUGAUUUUGAUUAAUGUUUUCAUUAUACUACAGAACUGAUGUGAGAAUUAAUAAAAUCAUUGCUUUACUCUCCCUGCACUCUUUAAGGACACACAAUAUACCAUGCUUUCAAUUUCCCAUCUUGCUGGUGGGUGGAGGUAAGGCAAAUCUACCAAUAAUGUUCAUUAGUGUGCAGCUUUAUAGUCCUGUGGAGAGAAUGCUGGAGUAUAAAUGAGAAUCCAAGGUACCAAUCUCAGUUCUGUCACUGAUUUUCCAGUAAAAUAAGGUAAAUCAGUUCAUCUUUCUGAACAAGUCUUCCUAUUGGUGAAAUGGCUAUGACAUUAUCUGCCUUUGCUUUUCUAAGACUUCUAUUUCUGUAUAAAAAAUUGCCACAAAUUUAUUGGCUUAAAACAACACAUGUUUGUUAUAGCACAUGUUCUAUAGGUCAGAGGUCUGGACAGGGUCCUCUGCUCAGGCUCUCACAAGGGUGUGAAGUCAUGGGGUCAGCCAGACUAUGUUCUCAUCUGGAGGUACUAGGGAAGAAUCCACUUUCAAGCUCAUUCAAAUUGUUGGCAGAACCCGUUUCCUUGCAGCUGUCUGACUAGGAUUCUUGUUUUCUUUCUGGCUGUUUUCUGGGGAUUGCUGUCAGCUGCUAGGAACACCUUUACUGCACAACCUGCUUAUAGCCCUUUCCAAGCACAGAUAUUUGCUCCUUCAAAGCCAGCAAGAAAUCACUCUCUCCAGUUUGCAAAGACAGAGUCUUAUAUAACUUAACUGUAAUUGGAGGAGUGACUAUCCCAUCAUGUCCAUAUAUCCUGCCCACACUCAGGACAAGGGGAUUAUUCAGAGCAGCAGGUGGGAAUCUUGGGGGCCAUCUUAGAAUUCUGCCUCCCACACAGCUUUCCCAGUCUUUGUGAUUAAAUGCCACAUGUAUCCAUAGAAAAGCACUUUAAAAAAUAUAAAGCACCAUAAAAGACAUGGCAUUAUUAAGAAGCAGCAUCAAGUAGUUUAAGGCUGGCUUACUUGGCCUUCUCCUCCACAAACAUAACAUUAUGCUGGAAAACUACCUAAUAACAGAGUAAUGGGUAAAUGAUAUUACCCGUGCCUAUGGAGAGCAGCUUACCUUCCAGUCUAGGGUUUUGCACAGGGCACAGGACUUCACAGGGAUCAGAUACUAAAUGUUAUUAGAGAAUAAAGAGCAAAUGGCUGCCUCCACCCCUUCCCAGUCCCAGGAGGAAGAGUAACCUCUUGGUGGCUGUGACAUUUUCUGUGCUUCUGAACAAAGUACUAUCAUUUGGAGAUGGAUACAGGGCCAAAAGUCUGCACUACAGAACAUGCUUACAGUAGACAAACAGCCUCUUUUGGCAUGGAAGAGCCACAUGACUGAGACAAAAACCACAACUGACCAAGUCUCACAGAUGGCUUGCUCCACGCAAACAGUUACUUCCUGUGACUAAAGAGAAACAAAAUAUUGGAGCAAGUGAAAAGAAAAUUCUUCUGUAGCUCUGAUGGGUUAAUUGAGUUCAAUAUUAAAGAAGUCUUGAAACUUUUCCUGAUAAGACCUAAGCAAAGAAGAAUAUUAACUAAUUUGAGCUCUUGGGAAUUCAAGAGGACAAAAGAAGAUUGUAGUUUUCUUAAAAUACUAUAAAAAACUCAAGCUGAUUCCAUUAAAAGUAUUGCUGUCUUCUAGAAUGUUUUGGAAACUAUGCAAGAAACCAAAUGCAUAAAUAGCUAAAUGUAUUACUAUAACAUAUGUAGACUGUUUUUGAGGUGUCAACAAAUAUCACGUUUUUCAUCUAUGUUUUCCAGUAAUUUUUUCCAAUAUAAAAGUGUUAUUUCUAAUUUAAA